AUGUUGUUCGUCCUGCCCUUGUUGCUCUGUGCCGCGGGUGUCAGCGCGGACCUCCCAAGCAAAGAUCAGGAAGUCAAUGCCGGAGGCGUAACCAUUUGUGCCAAUGGCUGUGCCCACGGAGAGACCUUUUACCAAGAGGACGGGCCUACGUGCCACAUCGACGAGGCUGUGCCGCAUCCCAAGUUUGGCAGAUAUGGCAUGUGGAUUUGCGGGGACAGAAAGACGGGCACAUUUACAAAGCGCCGAAACGUGCCACAGUGCGCUGCUUACCAUGGCUCUGAUAACUGCCCCGCUUACAAGGUGGUCAACGAAAACAGUAACGCCAAAGUCUGCUCCAGAGUCGACAGGUUCAGGGUUCAACAAUUUGGGCGCCAGGAAAUGAACGGCAGCCGUCGAGAGCCGUAG